AUGCGUCAUUGGGUCAUCCCCCAGCCGUACACAGUCAAGACCGCGAUUCUCCAUCCGGCUCCGUUGACCAUCAAAGCGCAAAAAUUGCUCGCGGCGAGCAUUGAACACUGCUGUGCACUUUCAAACCAGUUAGGAAGGUCAAGCUCAGCGGCGACCAUCAACGGGGCGUCCAGUGUCCAAAGCGAGCGACUCAGUGUCAUUCAAUACUACGAUGCGUGUGGUAUGCAAGCGACUCUCAAUGUGUUUCACGACAGCUUGACCGUAUCUGCGCGUGAGACGAUGCGAAAGGAGGACAUGCGCAAGGACGGGGUUCCCGGGACGCAAGCCAUCAUCCGCAUCACGGCAUUGGAAUCUGCCAUCAAAUUGGGCUUCCAGGAGCACGAGUUUAUCGCUGAUCAAACCGGCGUCAACUAUGAGUACUUACCGACGAAGACCUUGAACACGACUGGCGACAAGGCGAUGUGGAAAUAUCCAUUGUUUCUCGUCAUGAAAACGGCGGCGUCCAAUGUCAAGACUAUUGUACAGGAAAACCUCACGCUACGACAUGGAUUCGGCAAGUCCUACCAUAUUGACCGGCGACCUGGCCGGUCUACAAAGAAAGUCCUCGUUCUCUGGGACGACUUCUCGGCGCACUUCACUGAUGACGUUGUUGCCUACGCAAAUGAGAUCAAUGAACGCAAGACAAUGAGGCGUACCUUUCAAGCUGCAAUCACGAUCGCGGGCGACUAUCGUGGGCUGGAUCGCGAAGGCGUGGUCGGACUUGCUCAGACUACAAUUGUGAGCGGAUUUCGAAAGUGCUGGCUUGUUGAUGGCGUACCUGUCGACGAGGAUGCACCUGGUGGUGUGGAUGACGAUGUGGUCCUGGCGGAUGGCAACCUACCAGUAUCCUCACAGCUAGUCCCAUCGUAUCAGUGGUUGGCAAUGUCGACCCCCGUCAAGAGCCGCUUCUCCGAGUACGAAGACGUAUUGAUUCUGCCUGUGGCGGAGACCGUUGCUUCACAAGAAGAGUUCUCGCGGCCUGGUUUCGACGCCAAGAGGACCCAAAACCGCUUCACCUUGCUCCUUGAGGGGCACCGAAUUCGCGACGACGAGUACAUGAGAGCAUCAGGCGUCGCCGAAGACUACAGUGAGAAGUCACAACUGCUGGACGAGUUGUCUUCCGUUUACGACGACUGGAAGAAGCGUGACAAGUUGCGCCUGGAAGAUGUUACGCAUGAGGCGGAGCGAGUCGAGACGAUUGGGGCAACGAUUCGUGAAGAAGCGAUGCAGUCAUUGGGCAAACGCAAGAAGAUCGACCAAGUCGACGGUGAUGCCGGCGGCGGCAACAACGGAGGCACUUUAGCCAAGAUGAUGAAGAUGAUGCAUGACGACAACAACGCUGACCUGGAGUUUCGUAAGUACCAGUACGAAAAAGACCAAGAAGAGCGUGAAGCUGUGCGAUCCCGCGAAUAUGAAGAGCGACGUAUAGAACGAGAGUUACAAGCAGAGCAACUUCGAUGUGACCGAGAAAGUCAGGCAACUCAAUUACGCAGGUAUCUUGAGAUGAUGAUGAACAUGAUUGCAUCGAUGAAUAAAUCUAAGUAA